AUGUUGAGUUUGAUGUCUACAAAUGUCACUCAACAUGCUACUUUCUCAGUUCUCACUGUUUCAUAUUUUGUUGCGGAGUCUGCCAUUAACUGCAAUUUACGAUCAUGCAUAUUCGCUAAAGAAAUAAAAAUGGAUAUUGACCAGUGCCACGGCGAGCAAUCCGUAGUCAAAGAAUAUGUCUGCAACAUCCACAGUUCCUGCCCCGGAAUGGCGUUCAUCCGUGCCUCCAUCAUACAGCAACAGUUCAAGGAAAACGGCAUCAAAGACAUGUUGGCCCCGUGUACCUACGGUCGGACUGCACGCUGCUGGAUUACUGAAAGCCUUUCUGUCUGGAAUGGUGUUCUCCAUCCCGCUGGAGUACUGCUCCGAGAAUUUCUUCCAGGUGACAUGGCACUGACGUCAGUUGCGGUUGUGGACGAGGUGCUUCCUCAGAGUAGUGCACUGCUGGAUGCUUGCUUCACAGUCUACUGGUUGUUAAGGCAACACCAAUGUGUGAAGGCAAUUCAUCUCGAUGACACCGUCCUGCUUUUGCAGUGCCCGUCGGUAUUCGGGCUGUGCCUCGCUAACAACGGCAGCGUAAAAUCCGUGAAAAUGUCAUUACGGCUGGUUAAUGAAUACCAUGCUAAAUUACUCACAAACGGAUUUCAACGAAUGAAACAGCUCGAAAGUCUGCAGCUCACGCACGUCUCUCUCUCACGGGAAUCUGUCUCGAGACUCGCAAAGUUUCUCCGUGCGACGACGUGCUUGCAGACGCUCAGCCUGAGAAGAAACCAACUUAGCAGAAAGUCCUUUGAGACAAUAUUCGAGGCUUUAAAGGACACUACCUGUCUUACUACGUUGGAGGUCCACGGACAAGACGUACCACUCCGACACGUGCUGCCGUUGGUGAAGUUCUUGAGUGCGAACCGAACGGUCAAAGAAGCCUCGUUCCGUGGAAUAAAUCGCGGUAUCAGCGCCAUCUUGCAGUGUUUGCGAGAUAACUGUGUUGUGACAAAGCUCGAAUUAGCCAACUGUACCGGAACAGACGACACUGCCGAAAUAUUGUACGAGGUGCUCACAAAGAACAGUACGCUGAGAAGUUUGAAGUUUCCAAACUGCGACUUCACGUCUCGGUGCGUCGUCGCUAUCUCGGACGUGCUUCGCGAAAAUUCUACGCUUCAGCGCCUCGCAUUUUCCGUCAAAACAUGCGACGGAAGUGCAUUCGUGACAUUGGCGGAGGCCCUGGCACAAAACAAGACGCUAUGCACCCUUUUCGUAUCCAGUGAAAAGACAAUGGCGGAUGAAAGUUUACAGCUUGUUGCUUGUUUAGCUGCUAACUCAUCGUUGGAAGUGCUGGAAUUAAAUAACGCUCCAUCCGUUUCAAACACUGUCUGGGGAACACGCAUCCUGACUUUGGCGACGGCUUCGGGAGUUUUCGAACGCGUACGCAUAAAGUGGGACACGCCUAGCUUUUGUGCGCUGUCUUCAGUCGUUGCUGCGAGCAACACACUCCGCGAACUCUGCCUGGCGGACAUCGAAACAUGUCAACCGAGAUCACUCGCACCGCUCAUCUCGUCACUUACGCGGAACACAUCAGUGUCAAAACUUAUCAUUGGAGACACUGCUGCACUCAGAGGAAGCGCCGCAAGUGCGCUGGCAGAUGUGUUCCGCGAGAAUACGACACUGAAGCAUGUCGAGCUGUCUGCUUGGUGCGAUUCCAGUGACACUUCCACCAUCAUGCGAGGCCUCAUCGACAACAAAAGCAUCAGUUACCUAAAAACUUCGCUGAAGUGGAGUGAAAAGCUUGCCGUCGAGGCAUUAGCAGAUGUGCUGUUGGAGAAUACUACGUUGAAUGUCCUCGUACUAAAAAAUUUCUGUCUGGAUGACAAUACAUUGCACGUUUUCUUGCGAGGCUUAAUGAAGAAUGUGACAGUGAGUGACAUGGAGGUUACGUGGAGUGGAGCAUCAGAGUAUGGAGAUCUCCUUCCAGUGAUGAACAUUGUCUGCCGCAAUGAAUGCAUGCUUAACCAGGCUGCACUAUUUGUAUUGCAAAAGUCUCACGACGACCUCGCAGUGGAGUCAUUCAAGAGAGUUCAUCACUGCGAUUCGUUGCUGUGGCGUCUUCAGAAAGUCAACGCUUGGUCAAAAGGGGAGGUUCGCAGCGCCGUGAACAAUGCAAGGUCUAGGCUGAAUAUUGCGACGCAAGGAUGAGUGUGCAAUGCGUCGUUAUAUCAGUACAGGGAAGAAGUCUAGCAUUUUAGUAUUUACUUAAUUCACUUCCAGUAAGUCGUGUUCGGUUCAAAUGAAACUGUAGCAUUGUGUGUGUGUGGCUGUGUGUGUUUGGAUGCUUCAUUGAACUUUUCUCGAAGAAAGCUAUGUGCACCAACAAAUCGUUUACAAGAUGAAACAUUGCUGGGGUUAUUCCUAGUUCCACCACACACUGUGCAGGAAUGAUCUAGUACUUUGCUGUGUAUGCAUGAAAACAAAUCAUGAUAUUUCACUCGCUUCAAAAGUAGGCAAAGCUGAUGGCCAGCCCAUAGUUCCACUAAAAUCCAACUGGCAAUUGUUUUUUUCUUUUUUUCGUACCAAUGUAAUUCAAAUAACUCAGGAAAGAGGUACUCAUUCAUUGGGUGUUGGAGGCUUGUGUGUUUUGUGUCAUUGUUUGUAGCUUGCCUCGGCUAAUUCUCAUUGUGUACCAGCGUAAGUUCAGGCAUGAUGGCCAUUUAUCCCCUAGUCUAUCAGUGUACACCGUGAAUAAACUCAGUUCAAAAUUCAA